GAAAACUCUGACAGAGUGAAAUUGUCAAUGUGUUGUCAAUUUACAUCUGCCGCCAAUAUCAGACUACAUGCUAUCUAGUGUGAUUGUUUAUAGUUAAAUUUCUAACAUUUAUUGUUAUAUUAGUAAUAAAAAAUUAUUUCUUAAUACAACAGAAGAAAAUAUAAAAAAUGGGGAGAAAAACUGCGGCUAGUAGUGCUAAAGGAAAGGAAAAACGAUUGCAAAGGAAAGAGGAGCAGCAAAGAAUACGGGAGGCAAUGACAGUGGUGGCCGAAGCCAAUAAACUGGAAAACCCCCUGGCAGACUUUCCAGUUUUUCAAAAGUACAAUAAGAAUGGAAUUGUAGCAGAUAUAAUCUAUAGAAAAAGUUCAGAUUUGAGUGAUAUCGAAAAGAAGUGGGCUCUUUCCCUAACAAAGAAAAACAUGCAAUUAAAGUAUGAACAGUGUUCGUGGGGUUGGAAUGAACCCAAGAAGGUUGAGGAAUUAUAUGAUGAAGCUGCCAGAUAUUUAAUUGCCAAAAGUACAAAUGAUGGCAAUUAUUUGGGAUUUUCCCACUUUCGAUUCGACCUCGAUGAAGGAAUCGAAGUUCUAUAUUGUUAUGAACUGCAACUGGAUAACCACGUUCAAAGGAAAGGGUUAGGCAAAUUUAUGAUGCAGAUAUUGGAACUGAUCGCCUUCAAAAACAACAUGAAAAAGGUGGCGUUGACUGUCUUGAAAAAUAACACAAACUCCAAAUUUUUCAAAGCUGUCGGAUACGAAUUAGACGAGUCAUCUCCUAUUGAUGACGAAGAGGAAGCCUUUCCAUAUGAAAUCCUCAGUAAAAUAAAUAAAAGAUUGGCGUCAACAUUGCCAAGUUCGACCAUCAGUAAAGCUCAUAAUCAUCUCCAGAACGGUCACGGACACAGCCAUGGCCACAGUCACCUAAACGGUCAUUGUUGCCCUGGUCAUCAUCAUUAGUUUAGGAACAAAUGUCCUUUUUUGUGUUCGUCGUGUAACAUUAAACAGUAUCUGAAUAAGAGAAUUAUUGCUUUUUUUGUGGUAUCAGACUAUUUUUUGUGGUAGUUUGGUUCUUCGACAUAUUCGACUUACCCUAGAAAAUGUUUAUAUAAUUUCAUUAGACGUAAUAAGUAUUUUCAGCUAAAUAAACAACGAGUUAAACUGA